AUGGCUUUCCAGGUCGCCGGCGUAACUCUCACAACAGGCACACUGGCCUGGCUCCUCCCUCUCACCGUGCUCCUCCCCAGCAUCAUCUACAUCAUCUACCUCCGCACUCAACAUCCCCUCGCCAACAUCCCCGGCCCCUUCUGGGCCAGCUUGACCCGACUAUGGAUGACCAAACACGCCUGGGACGGCGACAUGAACACCGUCAUGAUCGCGCAGCACGCCCAACAUGGCCAAUUGGUACGCACGGGGCCGAACGAAGUCAGCGUAUCAGAUCCCACCGCCAUCAAGAAAAUCUACGGGCCCGGCACCAAGUUCCGCAAAUCCAAUUUUUAUUCCAUCUGGCAGGGACAUCGGAAAUUUGAUCUGUUCGCGGAGCGAAACGAGAGAAUCCACGGCGAGCAGCGCCGGCUGGUCAGCCGCGCGUACUCGAUGGAGGCGCUCAAGGAUCUGGAGCCGUAUGUGGACAACGCAGUGAAUCUAUUUCUGGAGCAGAUGCGCGAGAGGGAGGGCACGGUGAUUGAUAUGGGCAAUUGGGUGCAGCUGUUUGCCUUCGAUGUCAUCGGCGAAGUCUCCUUUAGCAAAUCCUUCGGUUUCAUGGACGUGGGCCAGGAUGACGGUGCUUUCAAGCAGAUCGAAACCGCCUUGCGCUCCGCGUCAUGGCUCGGGCAGAUCCCAGCAGUGUACUGGGUGCACGAUCGUCUCAUGCCGUACAUUGGCAACUAUUUAGGAAUCAACGCCCGACAUGGCUCGCUGCGACAAAUCGCUUUGCGUGAAGUGGCGGCACGGAAAGACCGUGGGAGCGAAAGGCAAGAUAUCCUGUCGAAGCUGUUCGCAACGCAGAAGGAGAAGCCGGUGGAGAUGAACGAGAACGCGGUCACCAGCAUGGCGACGUCCAACAUCUUCGCGGGAAGUGACACAACCGCCAUCUCCACGCGAGCCAUCAUCUACUACCUGCUAAAGAACCCCAAUGCGAAGAGAAAGCUGGUCGACGAGAUCGACUCGCGCCGCAAGGCUGGGAAGCUGAGCGAUCCCGUGACGCUGUUGGAAGCGGACAGCAUGCCGUACUUGCAAGCCGUGAUGUACGAGGCGCUUCGCCUGCAUCCGGCGGUCGGGAUGAGUCUGCCACGCGUCGUUCCCGAUGGCGGCGUCCAAAUCUGCGGCCAGUAUCUCCCCGCCGGCUGCGUGGUUGGGGCCAAUCCGUGGGUAAUUCACCGGAGCAAGGAGGUGUACGGCGAGGAUGUCGACGCUUUUCGCCCCGAGAGAUGGAUGCAAGAGGAUGUCGGGGAUUUGCAUCGCUUCUUCUUCACUUUCGGUUCUGGGGCGAGAAUGUGUCUAGGGCGGAACAUCAGCUGGAUGGAGAUGUAUGGCCGUCAACUGUCGAAAUUGAUCCCGACGCUCUUUAUGCGUUACAACCUGGAGCUCGGCGAUCCAGAUGCCGAAUGGACGACGAAAUGCUGGUUCUUCGUCAUGCAACGAGGCCUCGGAGUGAGGCUGAGCAAGCGACACUCUGCAUGA